CAGAAGCCAGUAAAGGUUCUAAGAUGCGUAGCUUUGUUGCUUGUUGUGCUCUGGCAGUCCUGCUGCUGGUUGUGGUCCAUGCUGAUCACCACCUCCACCACCACCACAGCCAUGAAGACAACAUGAGCUGCCAUGUUCUUUCCCCUCUUAAUGCCGACUUUGCCUUUGCCCUCUACAAACAUGUGAGUCGCAGAGCCGGUCCUGGAAAGAACAUCUUCAUGUCCCCUCUGGGCCUCUCCUCUGCUCUAUCCAUGCUGUCCGUAGGAGCCCGGGGCAAGACCCAUGAACAGCUGUUCACCACCCUGGGCUACAGCAGCUUGGACCAGGCACGGGUCAACGAAGCCUACAAUCAUCUUUUCCAAAUGCUUGGCCAGAGCCAGCAGGAGCAGAAGCUGGAUCUUGGGGAGUCUGUUGCAGUGCGCACUGGUUUCAACCCUUUGCAGACAUUCCUGAAUGACAUUAAGACUAACUAUGGUGGGGAAGUAUUCAACGUUGACUUCUCCAAUCCCUCUGAGGCUGCGGCUCAGAUCAACAGUCACAUUGCUUCAAAAACAAACGAUAUGAUUAAGGAUAUGGUAAAGGACUUGGACCCUGCAACAGCCAUGAUGCUGAUCAACUACGUCUACUUUAGAGGACAAUGGGAGAAGCCCUUCAACAAAAACCAUACAGCAAAGGCAGAGUUCCAUGUGGAUGAAAACACCAAGGUUGAAGUGGACAUGAUGAAGAAGAUGGGGCGCUUUGAUUACUACUAUGAUGACGGCAACCACAGCACCAUCGUCUCUCUUCCCUACAAAGGCAAUACCUCCAUGAUGAUUGUUUUGCCUGAUGAAAACAAGAUGGAGGAAGUUGAGGGCUUCAUUAGCAAGAACCACUUGAGACACUGGCAUGACAGUCUCUACAAGAACAACCUGAACCUUCUAAUGCCCAAAUUCUCCAUCUCUGUUUCCACUCCAUUGGACGAUGUUCUGAAGGAAAUGGGAGUGACAGAGGCUUACGGUGAUAACGCUGAUUUCUCUGGCAUAUCUGAUGAGAUCAAGCUUAAAGUCUCAAAGGUCUCGCAUCAGGCUGAGCUGAGAGUGGAUGAAACAGGCACGGAAGCGGCCGCUGUCACCACCAUAGAGAUCAUGCCAAUGAGUCUGCCCAUGGAGAUGAAUCUCAACCGACCCUUCCUGGUCUUCAUUAUCGAGCACUCGACGAGGAGUAUCAUCUUCGCAGGGAAGAUCAGCAACCCCACAGCUGCGUAG